ACGGUCGCACUGCAAAAAGCGCUGUGUAAUUCUGCAAUUUCAACAACGAAAAAAAGGGGAACAAAGCCGCAUAAACCGCAUUACAAUCGAAACAAACGUAGUGCCAAUUAAAUCCCUUAAGUCAGACAAGCCAGGAAAGAUAUCAUGACGGGCGAGACCAAGCUGGAGAAGAAGCCGCUGAAGCCGGCGGCAUCCGAAGGCGAUGCCAAAGAUCCGAAGGCCAAGAAGGAUGAAAAGAAGGACAGCAAGGACAAGGAGCAGCAGCCGGAGCUCUCCGACGAGGACCAGCAGCUGCAGGAGGAGCUGGAGCUGCUGGUGCAGCACCUGCAGGAGCCGGAUGUGAAGCUCUACCAGCCGACGCUGGAGAGUAUGGCCAAAUUGAUCAGGGCCUCCACGACGUCGAUGACCUCGGUGCCCAAGCCCUUGAAGUUCAUGCGCCCGCACUACGAAACCAUGAAGACGGUGUACAAGCACAUGCCCAAUGAGCAGGCCCGCCAGUUGUGUGCCGACAUAAUCUCGGUGCUCUCGAUGACCAUGGGCAGCGGCAAGGAUUGCCUGGCCUACCGAUUCCUCUGCGAUCGCAAGCAGCGCAUCGGGGACUGGGGCCAUGAGUAUGUGCGUCAUCUGUCUGGCGAAAUUUCUGCCCACUAUCACGAUACAACGGGUGACUUUCGUGUGCAGCUCAUCGAACUGGUCAAGCAGAUCAUCCCGUACAAUAUGGAGCACAAUGCCGAGGCUGAUGCCUGCGAUCUGCUGAUCGAAAUCGAUCACUUGCACCUGUUGAGCGACUUUGUGGACGAGUCGGCCUAUCCCCGCGUCUGUCUCUAUCUGCAGUCCUGCUAUCCGUACGUUCCCGACCCGGACAACACCAUUAUCCUGGAAACCGCGCUCCAGCUGUCGCGCAAGUUCAACCAGUACACACAGGCCAUGCGACUGGCGUUGAUGCUCAACGAUAUGGACAAGAUCGGUGAGAUCUUUAAGGAGCCCAAGGAGCCGGCCAUGCAGAAGCAGCUGGCCUUUAUGCUGGCCCGCCAACAGAUUUGCCUGGAGCUGGAUGAAUCGGUGCCGGACUACGAUGAUCUCAUGGAGAUCAUGUCGAAUGCUAAUCUGAACAAGCAUUUCCUCAAUCUAGCUCGCGAACUGGACAUCAUGGAGCCCAAAACGCCGGAGGACAUUUACAAGUCGCAUUUGGACAACUCGCGCUCCCGCUUUGCAUCCAUCCAGGUUGACUCUGCCAAGCAAAAUCUAGCCGCUAGCUUUGUAAAUGGUUUCGUUAACGCCGGUUUCGGGGUGGACAAGUUGCUGUCGGAAGACGGAAACAAAUGGUUGUACAAGAACAAGGAGCACGGCAUGCUCUCGGCCACCGCAUCGCUGGGUUUGAUCCUUCUGUGGGAUGUGGAUGGCGGUCUGACCAUGAUCGAUAAGUACUUGUACUCCACCGAUGACAACAUCAAGUCGGGCGCUUUGUUAGCUUGCGGAAUCGUCAACUGCGGCAUCCGUAACGAGGUCGAUCCGGCUCAUGCCCUGCUCUCCGAUUAUAUCGACAACCAGAACUCCUGCAUGCGCGUUGGCGCCAUCCUCGGUCUGGGCAUCGCCUACGCUGGCUCCAAUCGCUCCAUUGUGAUCGACACCCUGAAGACGGUCUUCUCGUUUGGCAGCAACAACAAGAGUUCGGCCAGCGUGGAGAUAUUGGGUAUUACAGCUCUGUCGCUGGGUCUCAUCAGUGUUGGUUCGUGCAAUUCGGAGAUCACCGAGAUCUUGCUGCAGACGAUCAUGGGUCUGACCAAGGCCGAUCUGAAGGACACCUACUCGAGGUUCCUGUUUUUGGGUCUGGGUCUGCUUUACCUGGGUCGCCAGAAGUCCACCGAAGCCGUGAUGAUGACUUUGGAGGUUUUGGAAGAGCCGUACCGCAGCAUGGCCACUACCAUGGUGGACAUUUGCGCAUACGCUGGCACUGGCAACGUGCUCAAGAUCCAACAGCUGCUCCACAUCUGCUCCGAUCACUACGAGACGUCCAGUGCCGAUGACGAGAAGGAGAAGAGCAAGAAGGACAAGGGCAAGGAUAAGGACAAGGAGAAGGAGAAAGAGAAGGAAAAGGAGCGCGAGAAGGACUUGUCGGCCACCCAAUCGAUCGCCGUGCUGGGAAUUGCCCUGAUCGCCAUGGGCGAGGACAUCGGUGCCGAAAUGGCAUACCGCUCGUUCGGAAACCUGCUGCGCUAUUGCGAGCCAGCCAUCCGUCGGGCCGUGCCACUGGCGUUGGGCCUGAUAUCCGCCUCCAAUCCCAAGCUGAAUAUCAUCGACACGCUGAGCAAGUUCUCGCACGACAGCGACGCCGAGGUGGCCCACAAUGCGAUCUUCGCCAUGGGCUUGGUGGGCGCCGGCACGAAUAACGCCCGGCUGGCCUCCAUGCUGCGCCAGUUGGCGCAGUACCAUUCGAAGGAUCCCAGCAAUCUGUUCAUGGUGCGCAUCGCCCAGAGCUUGACGCACUUGGGCAAGGGCACCCUCUCGCUGAGUCCCUACCACAGCGAUAGGCAGCUGAUGAACCCCAUGGCCGUCGCUGGACUGAUGGCUACGCUGGUUUCCCUGCUGGAUGUGAAGAACCUGAUACUGAACCGAUCGCACUAUCUGCUCUACACACUGGUGCCUGCCAUGCAGGCGCGCAUGCUGAUCACCUUCGACGAGGAGCUCAACCAGCUGCAGGUCCCUGUGCGCGUCGGCAUCGCCAUCGAUGUGGUCGGCCAGGCGGGCAAGCCGAAGACUAUCACCGGCUUCCAGACGCACACCACGCCCGUCCUGCUGGCCAUUGGCGAGCGCGCCGAGCUGGCCACCGAUGAGUAUCUGGCCCUCACCCCGGUCAUGGAGGGCUUCGUUAUACUCAAAAAGAACCCCAACUUUGUGAAAUAGAAGUGCAUUCAAACAUUUAACGUUUAAGGUCAUGCGAGAAAUUGAAGUUCAGCCACUAACUCCCAAUAAUUAUUUGUUCUCCCCGCUGGCAGUUGAUUCAAGCGAUUCAAUUGAUACGAAAUAUAUCUACUUAUAAAGAAUAAA